UAUUUUUCUAAUUAAGUAGCAGGCGCCAAAAUUUUGAUUGAAGGCAAAUAUUGUAUUUGUUGAAAGUAUAUGGUUGUUGAUUGAUAGUGUUUGAUGUAGUCGAAACUUAAGAGCAGAGAAUUGAUAGAAAUUUUGAUUUUUUUUAUUUCUUAUUGGAUUUUUGUAGGUAAUGGUAAUCCAUUUGAUAUGUUUCGUAUAGUUAUUAUUGAACGCUUGUUCGCGAAUCACAAGCAAAUAAGGGUGAAACGCGAUGGCAAGGAAGUUAUGUUUAUCAUUGAAAUCAGUGGGUGCAAUGCCAAGAAAGAAGUCGUUGCUUGGUCGAUGUCAGCGCAAGUCUGCACCGGUUCCUACCAGGCAGCUUCGUCUGUUUUCAGCUGAGUUCUCGGGUGCCACAUGCAGCAGCAACAGGCCGAGUCGAAACACAGAGAGAAAGUCUCGCAUUCCUUUGGGGCGAACGAUGAGACACCUGUCUCUGGAGUCACGUGAGCGUGUGCCCUCACGACGCAGCAGGAGUGCUUUUGCAACCCCAGACUCACCAAGCUGCUGGAAAGAGCAGCGUGUGAUGUCGACACAGCGAAAGACUUUGCACACUCCAUUGUCGAUCGGCAGCAUUCAGCCUUGGCUUUCGACCACCAAGAAAGUCGGGAAAGGUAUGAAAGCGCAAACUGACAAGUACGAACAGGCAGCGAUGGUUGUCAAGAUUCAGGACCACUUUGCCCGCCAAGACUUGGACAUGAACCUGAUUCCGUUGUCGGGCCUGCAUCAGCGUAUCAUGACCCUGAACCUGUUUGUGGGGCUCACCAGCCACUUGCUUGCCAGCUUCUAUCCCCACCACGGCAUCAGCAUGAGCAACUACACUGAGAAGAUCCCGCAGUUCAUGAAGACGCUGGGCUACGCCGGAAACGUUACCAAGUCCUGGCUUCGCACAGCGAAUAAUAGUCAUUCAUGGCCCAACGUGUUGAAACUUUUGUCGUGGUUGGUUGACCUGGUGGAAAAGAAGGAUAAAGUAAGAACCCACAUGUUUAGCAAGUCUGAAGAAGAACCAGAUGAUGAAUUUGUUGUUAGCGCUGAGGAACUGUUCGACUAUUACCUCAACACGUACAUUUUGUGGGAUCAAGAACAGAUAGACGACAUUGAAGUUGCCACAUCGCAACUUGAGAAAAAAUACAAUGAAGGUCUGUGUUCCGAGGAGGAACUAAAAGCACUGUCGGAAGAGAUAGAGCAAAUAAAGCAGAGGUUUGAAGACCCACAGGAUAAUGAAGAAGAAAGUAAAUUUCAGCAAAUUAAAAUGGAACAUGAUUCACUGCAAGAGGACUUCCUGAAGAUCUCAGCUGAACUUGAAGCACAGGAAGGAGAGAUAAAUAGUUUACAGCAGCAACUAUGUGACUUAUCUGUUCAGAAAGAAAAAUUAGAGGCGGAUUGCCAGGCUAAACAGAGUCUGCUCAAGCAGAAGAUGAAGCAGUUGAGCACCCAGAAAGUUUCUCUGGAAGAGAAGCAGCUCUUCGAUAAAAACAUGAACUCUGUGAGGGUGGAGAUUGACAACUUGAAGGCCAUGAAACAGAAGCGCAUGGAGGAAAUCUUCAAGAAGGACAUGGAAAUUUCACAGCUGUUAAGAAAUGUGUCAGAGGAAAACAACAAGUUCCGCAGGAACCUGCAGAAGUUUGAUGACCCCAGAGUGCAGGAGCUCGUGCAAACUAAGUCUGAUAGUCAGGAAGAGAUUAUUGAAAUUCUGUCUGACAUAGAAUCCGCAGCAAAGAAAAGUCUGUUGGAUAUUAAGAAGCAGUUGCCAGGAAUCACAUCUAAUUUGGAAAAGGUGAAACGAGAGUUACAAAAUGCCAAUGCAGAACUGGAGGAAGAACGGGUCAAAAUAAAAUCUCUCUGUGCCAGCCUGGAGAAACUUGACCAGAACUUAAAACAGCGAGAAGCAGAACAUAUGUUUGAGUCCCAGCAAUUUCUCAACAAAAUAAAGAGGAAUAAAGGAACUGCACAUUCAGUGGAACUGGAGGAAGCGAGAGCCAAACUGAAAGCUGCGACUGAAGAGUUGGAGAAGCUACGAGAAUUGAGGGCGAGUAACGCACAAGCUGCACUUGAAAUAAUGUCUCAUCUUUAUGCUGAUUUUGAAAAGUUUCGGGCAAAAAUUAAAGAUGAAGAUAUCGUACAAAAGGCGCUAGAAAUGGUCGGAAGCAUCCGUCAGGAUAAGGAACUGAGAUCACCAUAAAAAAUAUUUUUAUUAUUAAGUGGUAUUGUUAUUAAUCAUGCAGACACUGUGUAAAAUGUUUCUAUUUUAAUACAUGUGAAGUGUGUCACGCAGGUAA